AUGAAAUGCCUUGGCGUCUUCCUUGCCGCCUACGGCACAAGCUUUACUCUGGCAUCGCCAGAGAGUGAGCACAGUGAGGAGCUGGGAGUGUCGCCUUUGCAGCUGUUGCAGAGCAAGUUGGAUUUGCAGCGGGUUUCCCGGCCGAAUCUUCUUUUCCUUGUCCUGGACCAGUGGCGUUUUGACUGGAACGGCCAUGCCGAUGGCCCGUCUCUGCCUACGAUUGAUGCUCUGGGCAAGUCAGGGGUGCGCUUCACCCGUGCCUACACCCCGUCACCGUUGUGUGUCCCUGCCCGCUCUGCUCUGGCAGCGGUGCGCGAAUACAAGGACAUGUGGAUCAAGAACAAUUCCAAUAGUUACACAGGGAAGCCCCAGAACACGCCCACCUUUAUGUCAGUUCUGCGAAGCGUUGGCUACACGACAAUGUUAGUGGGUAAAGAUCACUUGUCUGAUGGAGCAGAGAACCUGGCUGGUGCUCGACAGUCUGUGGACAUGGACGCUCUGGGGGUGGAUUGGUUUAUCCGAGCCGUAGACAAGUAUGCUUUUUGUUAUGGAUACGGUGAGCCUGUGGAUGCCUACUCAGCAUAUCUCAAAGAGCUGGACCUUCUGCAGAAGCAAUGCGAGGCGUAUGGCAUUUUUUCGAUGGGCGAAAGUUGUCGAAGGACACAGGUGUGCGACUCCACCAGCAUCAUCGAAUGUGGCUUUCGCUGUCCCAAGGUGAACGGGGUGGAUCAUAACCACAGUGUCGAUACUUGGGUCCGCCGAAAAGCUGAAGAGUUGCUGCGGAGACAUCGAGAAACCUUUGGACUGGAGAAACCGUGGUUUCUACAAGUGAAUUUUUUGGGUCCCCACCCGCCGCUGGUUCCAGAUGAACUUUGGGGCUCUGCGAGACUUCCAGAAGCGAUCGAUGCAAACUUUACGGAGAUUCUGGUCUUUGAUCUGGAGGGCAACAAACGCUACAGACCACAUCCUUUUAAGGACUUGGUGAAUGUGACUGAGACGAGACAGAUCUAUGCUCAACAUCUGCUUCGCAUCGAUCGCGAGAUCCAAUCGAUUUUGCAGACCUUGGAACGUUACGAGAUGCGUCGGAACACGGUCAUCGUUGUCACCGGCGACCAUGGAGAUCACCUAGGCGAUUUGGGCCACUUCUCCAAGACCAGUCCCUGGGAGCCCUCCGUGCAUGUCCCGUUGCUGGUGACCGGUCCGUCACUGCCGCAGAACGUCGUCGUGGAUCAUCCCGUAUCGCUGAUUGAUGUUCCAAUGACUUUCCUGGACUUGGCCAAGGCCAAAGCCCUUGAUACCAUGCAAGGCUAUUCCUUGAUGCCGGCCCUGGCGGGAGCAACAACAACAGCUCGUCCAGCGGUGAUGUUUGGUCUCAACUACCUCGAAGAGUUUGCCUAUGACAUUGAUGGUGCCAUGGUGAGUCUCGGUCGAAAGCAGUUCGAUGCUUCAGCCGCGAUGUUCGGAAGCGACUUUUUGAAGUUGAUUUGCUGCCCCACUGGGUGUCGGAAGCAAGGCGGAUUGCUGCUAGAUGUGUCGAUGGUCACAGCGCAAGUGGCUUUGAUGAACGUCACCUCAAGGAGAGAAGACAGCUUUGAGUACAACAUUCUGAAUCUUGGCAGUUUCAGAUCCCGGAGUUUCCUCUCAAGAAUCCGGGGUAACCCGGCUGGUGAUUCUAGAAAGAUGUGCCAUAAUGAAGGUACUUAA